AUGCUCGUCGACCGCCUGCUGGGCCACGUGCUGCGCGUGAAGAGAGGCGUCCCUGCCAACAUUGCCUCUGCCCGCUUCUUCGCCGUGCCCGAUGCACUCAGUUGUCUAGGCCGCACCACAAUUACGUUGCCGAUCGUCUUGCACCGCGACCUCCAAAAGCCGCCUCGGUCGCUGGCGUCUCUCGAGGGCCUCAACCAACUGUGUAGCUUUGCCGCCGACGGCAAAGCGUGGAAGGCUUUUACACAGCGAGUCGUUGUGGGCCUCACCCGCGGCCACAAGCGCCCCGGGCGACUAGAGAAGAACAAGGCGAGCCAGCCAGCGCUGGCGCCUGAACGGCCCGGCAAGCGAAUGAUGACGAAGAUGGAGAUAGCAAGUCUCUACGCAUAA